ACUUGUUUUCCUACGCUAUGUGAUAUCUUCGCGCGUUAAAUUGCAUCGUAAUUUAUGAUCCUGGAAUUGAAUACUUUACACAGGAUAUGGUGUAUCUGCAAAGAGAAGCAUUGCCUCUUGAAAAAUGUAUCCCAGUGGAAAAGGAAUGGAUAUUUGUAUGAAUUCAGUGUAUGCCUCCAUCCCUGGAUUACCAGAACUAGGGAUGGUAUGGAUGGGCGAUAUGAUGGUACACGGAGAACCCACUCAUGAACUAAUGUUGGAUCCCCGUCAAGCUGAAAGUCCAUUUUUCUCCCAUGGCUCGAAUCCGUACGAGGACAUUAGAAAUCAUCAAAUGGCACCCACUAUGGUACGAUAUUUGCCACCACAAUAUUCUAACGAAUGUUCAGAAGCGGACGAAGCUAUGGAAGCUGUCGAUGUUCAAGAAAUACAACAAGAGUACGACUCUCAAUCCGAAAGGCAAGAAAUGACAGAUUAUUUAUCGUUAGAAGAUUACAUGGGCGAUGAAGAAAGGGAGCAAGUUGUAACUAAUGCAGCUACACAAACUACUCAGGACAAUCGUAAUAGAAAAAUAAAACCUAUAAAACAUCCUGGACUUGUUUUAAAAACACCGAUUGCUUAUCAACCACAUACAGAUUUAAACUUUAUUCCUAUUCGUAAAGAUGGUAUAGCUGUUUGUGAAAAAUGUGGUGCUAUUGGCGUAAAGCAUGCAUUUUACACAAAAGAACGUAGAUUUUGCAGUAGAGCGUGCGCAAGAUCUUCAGAACACACUGCUCCCACUGCAGAUUCUACGUAUAGUCCAUCUCAUUCUGUAGAACCACCUACAUCGGUAAAUCCUACAUCGCCGAACGAAUCAAAUACAGUGAAACAAACUUUAGUCAAUGAAGAAACCGAUGUAAACGAACAGAUUGAACAAGAAAAAGAUAAAGAAAAAGACGAAGGAAAAGAAAAAGUUAUAUCUGAACCAGUGAUGCCAGAAGAUUUACCUGUAAGAAGAAAAAGAACCGCCGAAAUGGCAGGUUCUUACGAUUGGACCCCGCAACUUGUGGAACCUGGAUUUUGUGCUGCUCCAGUAUCUUGUUUUAAACAUGCUCCUAUAUCAGAAAUAUGGGAUAAUAUAACAGUCGGUAUGAAAGUUGAAGUUGAGAACACAGAUUGCGAUGAGGUAUGCGAAGCUUUUCCGGAUUCUUUUUGGGUCGCUACCGUAUUGCGUAUAUCCGGAUACAGAGCUUUAUUAAGGUACGAAGGUUUCGGACUUAACGCUGAUAAAGAUUUCUGGGUAUCAUUAUGCUCGAAUGACAUUCAUCCAGUAGGCUGGUGUGCAACAAUUGGAAAGCCAUUGAUUCCACCUAAUACGAUUGCUAACAAAUACAAAGACUGGAAAGAUUUUCUAAUGAGACGUUUAACCGGUGCAAGAACACUGCCAACUAAUUUUUAUAAUAAAGUUAACGAUAGUAUGAAGUCGCGCUUCAGAUGCGGACUUCAUUUGGAGGUAGUAGAUAAAAAUAGAAUCUCCCAGGUAAAAGUAGCAACGAUACAGAAGAUUGUUGGGAAACGUUUACACGUAAGAUACUAUGACUCGCCACCCGAAGACAAUGGUUUUUGGUGCCACGAAGAUUCUCCCCUUAUACAUCCUGUUGGCUGGGCCAAGAGGGUAGGGCAGACGUUAGAUGCGUAUCCUGAGUAUUUGGAUCGUGUCUCGAAAUCAAAACUAUGCGAAGACGAUUCCACAGAAGAUCUUUUUUAUGUGCCAAAGAACCAUCAUUUGCACCUCUGUUAUACAUUCAGGGAAGGAAUGAAAAUAGAAGCCAUUGAUCCGCUUAAUCUUUCGGCCAUAUGCGCGGCAACGGUUAUGCAAGUUUUAAAGGAAGACUACAUAAUGAUUCGUAUAGAUAGUUACGACGAGGAUGCGAGUGGUGCUGAUUGGUUCUGUUAUCAUUCAUGUUCACCUUGUAUUUUUCCAAUCGGAUUUUGUUCACAACAUGGUUUACCGCUUACACCACCAAAGGGCUACGAUCCUACUACAUUCACAUGGGAUGCAUAUUUAACAGAGACGAAUACUAUACCGGCUCCUGUGCAAUUAUUUAAUAGGGAAAUACCUCAACACGGUUUUAUUGAGGGAAUGAGGCUCGAAGCUGCCGAUUUGAUGGAUCCUAGAUUAGUUUGCGUUGCUACUAUUACUAGGGUGAUCGGAAGGUUAUUAAGAGUACACUUCGAUGGUUGGGAAGACGAGUACGACCAAUGGUUAGAUUGUCAGAGUCCCGACAUUUAUCCAGUUGGGUGGUGCGAUCUGGUCGAUCAUAAACUAGAAGGGCCCCGUGUACUCACUAAAAACACUAGUCCUACUGUAAAAUCACCAAGAGGCCUUAAACGUAAAGCUAAGAGAAAGUUGAAGAAAAGCAGCAAAAUAUCCUGCGCGAAAAACAUUCUACCUCGGCACAGCGAACGUAUUAGCAUGGCUCGUGAACGUGAACGAGAAUUAGAGCCAGCUCAAGGGGUAAAGAUUGAAAGAGAACGCGACGUGGAAAGCUUACCAGAACAAAGGAAUAGAGAACCGGAGCCGGCAGAAGAGCCUGCUGGUCCUGAUCAAACAUUACCCAGUCCUACCACGGGACAAGGUCAAGCGCUAAAUGAUACUCAAAGUGAAAUACAAAGUCCUCCGCCGCCGAAAGAAAGAACUGCGACAUCGUAUAUCAAUGUGACGUCUGCCUCUAGUAAAUACAUCCCAAGGCUAGCAGAUGGUGUUCAGAAAAGUUCUGAGUCUGGUGAUUUAGUGCCAUCUGAAUGGAAUGUGUUUGAUGUUGCACAAUUCCUUCGUGUUAAUGAUUGUGCAACAUAUUGCGAUAAUUUUAGUAAACGUAAAAUAGAUGGGAAAACUUUGUUGACGCUCACUAAGGACCAAAUAAUAGACCUGACAGGUUUCAAAGUUGGGCCUUCCUUAAAAAUAUAUGAUCUUAUUCAGCAAUUAAAAAUCAAAGUGAAUCCAGCUCAGGAAAGAUUGAAAUUAGGAAUGAAAAAAUUAUUAUAACAAAGCUAGUAUGUAGUUAAUACGCUGAAUAAGUUCCAUCAUUGCAUAGAAAUAAACAUGGAUUUACAGGUAAGGCAGGUAGAUUCAAGUAACAUGAAAUUCGCGUUCAAUGAUGGUCAUGUACACAUCGUUUGUUAUAUGCUUUAUUAAUAUACUAAUAUAUGUAUGUAUAGACGUAUAAAAAAAGAAAGAGAAAGUUAAAGAUGAAGGUAUUGUAUUACGAGUCGAGAUAUAACAGCAUUAAUUUAAACACAAAAGGAUUAUUUCGUUUUGGGGGACAAUAAGAGAAAUUACAAGAUAUAAUUGAAUUGUUCCUCGGAAAAUCUGAUUUUAACGACUCAAUUUUUAUUCCUUUUUAAACAACAGUAGUAUAAGAACAAUAAUAAGAGAUUAUAAUGGUCAUUAGUAACCUGAAAUGAUUAAAUGAUGAGGAUAUAAUUACAAGAACUACCAAUAACGAAUACAAACCGAGAGCUCCUUAAAAUCAGACUUUGCAUGAAAUUGGCACAAAUGUUUCUAAAAAACUUGAUUUUGUCAAUUCAUUGAAACAGUAUUUAAUUGGAUUAUUUUUUAAUAAAUAUCUUUGGAUUGGAUUAUCUUUUAAUAAACAUCUUAAUAAUGGGUGCUUGUAUUUAUUGAUACAUUACACGACAUAUAUUAUAAUCAUGAUAAACGUAUUAAAAAAAUAAUAAAAGAAUUAUUUUAAUACUUUAUACUGAAUAGGCACAUUCCAGAACGAAUUGAUCCGAAUUAAUUUGUAAUAUCACACGUAUUGUACAAUGCUAAUAUUCAGAAAAGUGAGCAAUCAAAAUUGACUACACAGUGAUCGAAGGUAUUAAUGGAACUGCUUGCAUACAUGAUCCAUUUAUACAUUUUCAUAAAUGUCAAUAUGAGAGACGAAUUCCGUUAUUCGCUUCAAACAUUUCUUCGGAGAGCCGAUAUUUGUAAAUCCAUGCUUUCAUGUUGCACGAAAUUGUCUGCAGAUGCAUGAACCACGUUUGAAAAUUGACUAAUGUAUAUUUAACAACCUUCUUUUUUCUUAAGGAAACUGGAAUUAAAAGCAUGUAAUUUAAAACCGAAAAUCGAGGGAGUAAAUCGACAAACAGUUAUUAAAAUAGAAAGUAAAAAUAUAGUAAAGUACAAACUAUCUCUUGGAUAUCGAUUCAUUACAGUUCUAAUCACGUUUGCCUUAAUGAUGCAAUUCACGAUAUUAAAAUAGUUUUAUAUGUUUUAAUAAAUUUGUUGAUUUACUCUCUGCUACAAAGAACCAGUACACUCAUGUACAUAAUUAAAGAAAACAAAGUAGUCGAUUUUUAAUCUUGUAAAUAUAGCAUUUAACACAAUAUUAGGUAUAGUUAAUUUUUUUUUUGAAGUAAAAGAAAACUGAUGGGAACGUCAUUACAAUGUACAAGAAAGAUAACUGUUAGAAAGUGGUUGAUGCAUUUGCAUAUCAGUUAUUGUAUCUAUAUCUAGCUUUAUAACACUUACAAUAAAUCAAACCAGUCGGACAGUGUCUAAGACUAAUUCGUCUUAGGCUGUUUAAAUACCUACUAUUUUUAGUAUGACGGAGUCACGUGGUUACUCUUCUUAUUUAUUCAAUGUUUUGGAAUCUCAAUAGGUACUAAUUUGUACCUUACAUUUUUUAGUAAUUAGUUUUUAGAACGUAGGAUGCAAAAGAUUCGAUCAGGAAUCUAUGUAUAUUUUAUCGAGCCAUUCAUAUCAGAUUUCUUUUUGUACAAUGAAACAUCUCCUUCGAUUCGCAUUGGUACGCAGUUUCACGCAAACAGUCUAUGAAAUUUGUUAAUUCGGGGAAUAUUAGAUAACUGUAACUACUGAUCCACAAGAAAAAAAUAGCAACCUUUAUUAAUCCAUUAGUGUGUACAAAUUGGGAGGCAUUAUAAAUAGUAUUACAGUUACAAAUUUAAAAAGAAUAUUUGCAUUUUGCUUUAGGAACCCUAAUCGCAAACUAUCAGUACAAAAAAAAUAUACAAUGUCAAUGUCAUAAAUAUGAUGCAGAUUAUAGCAAAUUUUUACAUGUUACUCGAUUAAGUUUUAGAUUUAAAAUGGGAUAACGUCCAAUCUAAAACUCAUUUAUACAGAUUUAAUUUUCAUGAUUAAAAAAACAAAGUUAAUUCUAUGUAUCUGAUUAUAAGUGGUAAUAUCUACGCGUUUGCCCGAGUCUCUACAUAAAUUACCGGAUGUUUCUAUAAGAUGGAAUAACUAUGUUUGCAAUUUUCUUUAAAUCGAAUAUUAUUGUAAAAUAUUCAUCGGCCAUUUUACACGAAGUUACUGACAAGAAUCAUUUAUUGUUUCACAUUUAUAUAAAUAUAGCUCAUUCGUUCGCAUUAAGCACAAAUGAAAUUUAUACUUCUAUUUUCGCAAAUCCAUUGUUUAGAUUUCCACUAGGUUUUCCGGAUUAAUGAAUAACGAACAGAGAUACAUGUACCUAUAUGUUGUUUCCGGUUUGCUUAACUGCAUUUAAGACGUAUUCAUAGUUCUCCCUUCUAAACGUUUAAUUAUGCUACUUUCGUACAUUGAACAAUGUAAUAUAUUAUCCAUCUAAAGAAAUGCCGCAAACAGUAACUAUGAAUACAGUCUCCAAAUAUUAUUUUUUAGCCUGUCACUAUAUUGAAAUAAACGAAAUGCUACUGUGCCGUUGAUGAUCACAACAGUAUUUAUCUAUAACGAUAAGUUUAAAAGGAAAAACAACUCUUUUUUUCCUCUCUUUUUAUUUGUAAGUUUGUCACACAUCAUAUAUUUGUUUUAUAGAAGUAAAGAGAGAAUGAUUAAAAAAAUAAAUGUUUUUUCACAUACAUUGUAAAAAAAAAAUGCAAAUAAUGAUGGAAGUACAUUGUUUAUAGUAAAUCAA